CACCAAAACCAACCGGCGCGCCGGAGAGACCAUGCCGGCCGGGGAUCCAUCCACUCCAUCCGGUUGAGUCUCCCUCACGCCACUGCCCCCCAAUUCCACACUCCACACCACACUCGUCUCCUCCCCAACUAUAAAUCCAAGCCCGUCGUCUCCCUCAUCCCUCCCCCCACCUCUUCCCCCGCGCCGCACGGCAAUGAAAUCUUGCCUCCUCCUCGAUUAGCCACUCCACCAACUCGAGCUGCAAAGAUUGCGCCUUUUGUGUGCGUGUGCGUCUGCGCGCGCCGCGGCGGCGGUGGCGGCGGUUGUCGCCGUCAAGGAUCAACGAUACGAAAUAGAUUAGUUCGUGAUUUGAUUUGACCCAGGCGGUCUGUGCUGGACAUCCAAAGAUGGAGGUGGCGAAGGAGACUGUGACGAAGCCACGGCUGCCGCCGGGGUUCCGGUUCCGGCCGACGGACGAGGAGCUGGUUGUUCACUACCUCCGGCGGCGCGCGCUGUCCUCCCCGCUCCCGGCCGCCGUGGACAUCCCCGACGUCCGCAUCCUGGCGCACGACCCCUCCGACCUGCUGCCCCCAGGUUGGAGCGAGCAGGAGCGCUACUUCUUCACGUGCAAGGAGGCCAAGUACGUGAAGGGGCGGCGCGCGAACCGCGCCACGGGGGCCGGUUACUGGAAGGCCACUGGCAAGGAGAAACCCGUCGCCGUGGCGGUGCCGGCGCCGGCGUCCAAGGGCGGGCAGGGCCAGGCGCAGGCGGUGCUGGUUGGCAUGAAGCGGUCGCUGGUGUUCUACCGGGGGAAGCCCCCGACGGGGAGUAAGACGGACUGGGUGAUGCACGAGUACCGCCUCGCGGGCGCCGGGCUCGCGCCGUGCCGCCGCGCCGCCGUCCAGCCAGAUGGUGGCGAUGCCGCCGCCGCCAACGCCGACGUGUCGCGGCCGGCCGAGGGCUGGGUGCUGUGCCGCGUGUUCCGGAAGAAGGGGUCGGCGUCCGCCAACGCGGCCGCCGCGGCGCCCGCGAGCCCGGCCGACGAGGGGAGCGACGGCGAGGCCGAGGAGGGCGGCGGCCGGGCGUUCAUCGACUUCUUCGCGCGCGCGGACGCGCGGCAGAGGCAGCGUCGCGCGUCGUCGCCGGUGGUGUCGUCGAGCUGCCUGACGGACGCGUCGCACGAGCAGCACGGGCGGGAGCAGGAGACCACCAGCCGGGGGCGGGGCGGGGCGUUGCCGUGAAGGAAACAAGCAAGGCAAGCAAAGGUAGAGAGGAAAAGAGGGAAGCUUUGCUGUAGUUGUACUGUCGCAGCAGAGGCUAAUCUGUUCAGUUCAGUCCAAUUAGGAGUAAGCAAAGAUUAGCAAGAGAGGCCCGGCUUGAGUCCGUCAAUCAGUCCGGUUGAGUGAGUCUCCAGCGUAGGUGCUGGAACUAAUGUACCACCACCACCACCCACCUGAUCAAUCCAAUCCAACUCCCCGUCUAUCUCAGCAAUCCGACCUCCAAUUCCGGACUCAUCAAUCGGAACUUCAACUCCGGCAGCAAUUCGGACUCAUCAAUCGGAACUUUGACUCCGGCAGCAAUUCGGACU